AUGGAAUCGGGAAAAGAUGAACUUGACAGGUGGUCCUUUCAUUCCAGGCCCAGUUCCGAAGAAUGCCCGUGCGCCAGUCACCGGUCCAGAUGCACGGUGGCGGAUUCCGGUUUGUUGGAGUGUCCUCUGACAACUCGGAUCCGCAAGCAUACCAUUGGUGGUUGGAAUGACUCCAGCGUUGCGCAGAUCUUUGCGUGCGAGAAACAGCAGCGUUGCACCUACUCAGCUGGCACACUCGAGGAAUGUUUCGCGGCAGCUAGGGAGCUGCCUGGACUGGCGAACGUCACACUGUUUACCGAUCAAGGCGAGUCAUCUACCCUGCCAGCUGGCUGCACAAUUUCUAUGAACACGAAAGGGGCGCAUGUGUUCUUCAACAGGAACAAUCUGAGCCAUGCGUGUUGUGGAGAUGGAGUGGACGCAGUCGUGGGCGAGCAGAAGUCGUUGGUGACUCUCAAGUUAGUGCUUUCUGUCGCGCACGGUGCCUCCAUCACCAUGACAGGCCCGGAUGGCGUUUGGUUUGGUAUUGGGUUCGACGCCGAUUCCAUGAGCACUUCUCCUUAUGCCAUUGUCGUUGACGGGACAGGGAAGGUCACAGAGCAUGUGCUGGGCCUCCACAAAGCAGGGGUUGAGCUGAACAGCAGUGUUCGGGUAUUGGGCAAUACUGUGUCAGCUGGCCUGCGGACAGUGGUACUUCAGCGCCCUUUGAAAGGAAGAUCGCCCCAGCACUACACGUUUGACCAGCACCGUCUGCAUUUCGAUUUCAUCAGUGCCAUUGGAUCUGGCCCAGCCUUCGGCUACCACAAGUCCAAGACAGCAUCCAGUAUUUCGCUUUGGCCAUCAUACUCACCUGCAUGCAUCUGCUCCGUGCCUGCAGUUCCAUUUGGCCAUGGCGGUGGCAACAUAGAAUAUUUGCCCACUGGGGAAAACAUUGGCUUCACCACGAGCUGCAACCCCACAGAGAGCAUCUGGACGAAUCGUAAUCCCACAUGCGAUCUUCGUUUGUACCAAGGUGGUCUCCAGACUUGCCACCAUGGAUGGCAUCUUCUUGACGCGGACCAGGAGGUCCCGUGGCAAGACCAGCCAUUGGAAUAUUGGAUGAAGUUCCGCCUGUACUUCCAGGAUUACGAUCCCGCCCACCAUGUGUCUACCCUAUAUGGACCAGCCUGGACCCAGUGGUCCAUUGGUGCAAACACCGCAGAGUAUGAUGUUCCGCAGUGUCCACCCGGCUCACAGGUAAAGGAGUGCAUCCACGAAAUAACUGGCACCGUCACGGUUCCCGGCACAGAUUGGCACAUGGUGGCCGCGCAUUUUCAUUGCCACGCUCCCACUUGCAUUGCUCUGGAAGUCUUCAACAACCUGACUGGGGAACUCCUAUGUCGUGAGGAGGCCCACCAUGGCGAGGGUACUGACCUGCUACCCGGCGGCGACAAAUUCGACCAGCAGGGCUACAUUGACCAGCCACCUUGCCUUUGGGGAUCUCCACCACUGGAACGACCGCCGCUGGUAAGCGGCAUUCCCCUCAUCAUCAAGUCGUUCACAAACAGUACAUACAGCCACCUCGGCGAGAUGGCUCUUCCACAGGUGUCGCUGGCCCAACUGUCAGCAGGCUCCUUCCUCAUUUGA